UCUCAUUCUCAUGACCCUUCUCUCAUUAUUCUCAUAACCUCUCUCGUUACCCCACUCUUCUUCUUCUUUCAAGGAGAAUUUUGAUCUCCAUUGGCCAUGGGUUCUUCAUCAUCCAAUUACAACGAGGCAGAGAUCAAGGUGGAAAAUGGCAGCUAUUGCGGCAGCCCCGACCGGGAUUCGGGAUUUUGUUCUGCUGCAAUGGUGAAUGUCACACAAAAGUUGAUUGCGGAGGCCAUUGGAACGUUCUUCGUGGUGUUUGCCGGGUGUGGAUCGGUGAUUGUGAACAAGAUGUAUGGCCAGGUGACGUUUCCAGGGAUUUGCAUUACAUGGGGUUUGAUUGUUAUGGUGAUGGUAUACGCCGUUGGACACAUUUCUGGAGCUCAUUUCAAUCCUGCUGUCACCAUUACCUUCUCUGUUUUCAAGCAAUUCCCAUUGAAACAGGUGCCAUUUUAUAUCGUAGCGCAAUUAGUGGGAUCCAUACUUGGAAGUGGUGCACUAUAUUUGCUAUUGAAUCCAAGGGCUGAACACUUCUAUGGAACUACCCCAGUUGGAUCACCAAUUCAAUCUUUUGUCUUUGAAAUUAUUAUAUCUUUUAGCUUGAUGUUUGUCAUUUCAGGCGUCGCAACAGACACUAGAGCAAUAGGGGAGUUAGCAGGAAUUGCUGUUGGAGCCACUAUACUUUUAAAUGUCUUCAUUGCAGGGCCAAUAUCAGGAGCAUCAAUGAAUCCUGCAAGAAGCCUAGGACCAGCCAUAAUCAUGCAUAACUAUAAGGCGAUUUGGGUCUAUAUUCUUGGACCUAUAAUAGGGACUUUAGCUGGAGGUUUUACUUAUAAUCUUAUUAGAUUCACAGAUAAACCGUUGCGGGAGAUAGCAAAGAGCUCUUCAUUUCUCAGGAGCAUGUCUAGGAAUAAGUAGGAUAUACCUAGUGGGUUAAGAGGUAUGAUGAAUGACCAAUUCUUAAAGACCAAGGACUUUUUCAUUUUUAUCUCUAUGUAUAUGUCAAAUCCAUUUGCUCCUCCUUUGUCAAAAGUAUGGGGGCAUGCACUUAUUUAAAGUGAAAUGUUUCUUUCUUUCUUUCUUUC